AUGUCGGUCACAAAGGGAAACAUGCUGGUUCGUUCCUUGAGCACGUCGGCUGCGGCAAGCCAACUCGUUAAGGCUCCUGUCCAAGUUUUUGGUUUGGAAGGCAGAUACGCAUCUGCUCUAUAUUCUGCUGCUACCAAGAACAAGACCUUGGAUGCCGUUGAGAAAGAGCUGUCUCAGUUCCAGCAGUCAAUCAAGACUGAUGCCAAACUGAAAGAAUUCAUUGUGAACCCAACUCUCAAGAGAAAUCUGAAGGCUGAUGCUCUAAGACAGGUCGCCACUCAAGCCAAAUUGUCUCCCACAACCAGCAACCUUUUGGGUCUUAUGGCUGAGAAUGGUCGUCUUGACAAGCUGGAGGCUGUUAUCAAUGCAUUUAAGAUCAUGAUGUCUGCUCACCGUGGUGAGGUUACCUGUGAGGUUGUUACUGCCAAACCCCUUGACCAGACCCAGAGGCAGAACCUGGAAGCUGCUCUCAAGAAAUUCCUGAAAGCCAAUGAAACUCUUCAGCUCACAGCCAAAGUUGAUCCUUCUCUGAUGGGUGGCAUGGUUGUCUCCAUUGGUGACAAGUAUGUUGACAUGAGUGUGGCCAGCAAAGUCAAGAAAUACACCGAACUCAUCAGUACCGCUGUUUAA